GUUUAUUUCCCUCUAUUCGGGGCGGAGGGUUGUAUCUUCAAACAAAAACGAGAAAGAGAAAGAGAGAAAAUGAAAGAGAGACACUUAAUAACACAAAAGCGAAGAAGAAGGGGCUGCGAGUAUGAGGGAGGGAGUGAGAAAAAGCUAGAUAGCUUCGAAGACUUCGCCGUUUCGUUAAUCACAUGCAUCAUUUGAUUCUUCUUCACCUUUUCUUCUUCUCCCCAUCGAUCAACCAGCGUUCCAACAAACCCUCUCUCUCUUCUACUCUCGUUUUUGGUUAAUUGCUGAUUGGUGUAUUUAAAAGUUAGUGAAUAGUGUUGUUGUAUGUGAUUGCUUUGUUGUGAAAGGUCAAGAAAUUUGAACAUGGAUGUGGCUUGUAGCAUACCACAGUCAAGAAUGUUUCAUGGGGUUGUAGGACCGUGUUACAGGCACAGGUCAGUAGGUCAUUUUGAGUUCAGGGGAUGUGCAUUUAUUGGAAACACAAGGAGUGUUUUGAGAUUGCGUUUCAGUGGGAUGAACAAAACUAGUGAUGUUUCUGAUUGUUGGAGUAAAUUAAGAGUGGUGCCUGUUCGUGAACUUAAUGUUUUGAAUAUGAGUAGUAGCUUGUAUUGUAAGAAUCUUUUUACUGGUUCUAGAGUAGUUUGGUCAAAAUGCCAGGGUAGUGAUUCUGUGGCAUAUGUUGAUGGGAAUGGGAGGAAUGUUGAUUAUGUGGAAGGAUCAGGGGAGGAUGCUGGGCUGGGUGUUUCCAGUGCUGAACUGGAUGCCCCUUUGGAAGAAAGGGAGAGUGAAAUAGGAGUAGAGGAACAAAGCGUGGAUGAGCUGAAGGAAAUAUUACAGAAGGCCUUGAAAGAGCUAGAAGUUGCACGUGUAAAUAGUACCAUGUUUGAGGAAAAGGUGAAAAAGAUAUCCGAGACUGCGAUUUUCUUGCAUGAUGAAGCGGCAACUGCUUGGAACAGUGUUAAUUCUACCCUUGACAUCAUUCAAGAAAUUUCCAAUGAGGAACAAAUCGCAAAGGAAGCAGUUCAGAAUGCAACCAUGGCUCUUUCAUUGGCCGAGGCUAGGCUUCAGGUAGCCAUAGAAUCAUUGGAGGCUGCAAAAGAAGAGCGUGAUUCGGCACAAGGUUCUAAUGAGAGCAAUGAUGAAAACGACAUAAUAGAAAAGGAGAAGGCACUUUUGGUUGCUCAAGAAGAUAUCAAGGAGUGCCAAACAAAUUUAGCCAACUCCGAGGUGGAGCUUAAACGGUUGCAAAAUAGAAAGGAGGAGUUGCAGACAGAAGUUAGCAAAUUGCAUGAAAUUGCUGAAAAGGCACAGCUGGAUGCAGUGAAAGCCGAGGAGGAUGUCACAAACAUAAUGCUUUUAGCGGAGCAAGCUGUUGCCUUUGAACUUGAGGCCACACAACGUGUAAAUGAUGCAGAGAUUGCCUUACAGCGAGCAGAUAAGUCUGUUUCUACUUCUAAUACUGAUACCAUUGAAACUAUACAGGUAAAUCAAGAUGUUGUGGCUGUUCCUGAAGAGGAGAAAGUAGUCCAAGGUUUCUCUGGUGAUGUCAGUGUUGAAAGAGACGAAGGCUUGCCUAUUGAUGAUGAAUCUUUGCUUGGCACGUUAUCUUCUGAAACAAUAUCUGAUAAAACCAGCCAACUUCUGGAAGACAUAACACAGUCUGACUAUUUGAGUGAUAACGAGAAUGCAGUUCAAACUAAAAAACAAGAAAUGCAGAAAGAUUUGACUAGAGAUAGUUCAUCUCUUGCUCCCAAGGCAUUACAAAAGAAAUCUUCUCGAUUCUUUUCUGCAUCAUUCUUCUCUUUUACUGAAGAAGAUGGAACCGAGUUCACACCAGCAUCAGUUUUCCAGAGCCUUGUGUUAUCUGCAAAGCAGCAGUUUCCCAAGCUGGUUCUUGGGUUGUUGUUUAUGGGAGCAGGGGUUGCCUUCUAUGCCAAUAGAGGAGAAAGGACUGCUCAGCUGCUUCAACAGCCUGAAGUUAUUGUGACCAGUGUUGAAGAAGCUUCCAGUAGUGCAAAGCCACUGGUUAAGCAACUUAAGAAACUCCCUAAGAAAAUAAAGAAAAUUAUUGCAUCGUUACCUCAGCAAGAGGUGAAUGAAGAAGAAGCCUCCCUCUUUGAUGUGCUAUGGUUAUUACUUGCAAGUGUUAUAUUUGUACCAAUAUUUCAAAAACUUCCCGGAGGCAGCCCUGUUCUUGGCUACUUGGCUGCUGGAAUCUUAAUUGGGCCUUAUGGCCUCUCUAUAAUUCGACAUGUUCAUGGGACAAAGGCAAUUGCUGAAUUUGGUGUUGUUUUCCUUUUAUUCAACAUUGGCCUGGAGCUCUCUGUUGAAAGACUUAGUUCAAUGAAGAAAUAUGUCUUUGGAUUAGGCUCAGCUCAGGUUUUGGCAACUGCUGUAGUUGUUGGAUUGGUGGCUCGUAUUUGUGGCCAGGCUGGUCCUGCAGCUAUCGUCAUUGGGAAUGGCCUCGCAUUAUCAUCAACUGCUGUUGUUCUGCAGGUGUUGCAGGAGAGAGGUGAGAGCACAUCACGGCAUGGACGAGCUACAUUCUCUGUUUUACUUUUUCAGGAUUUGGCAGUCGUGGUCUUGCUGAUACUCAUUCCUCUUAUUUCACCCAAUUCUUCCAAAGGAGGGGUUGGUUUUCAAGCCAUUGCUGAAGCUCUUGGAUUGGCUGCUGUUAAGGCAGCAGUUGCCAUUACUGCCAUAAUUGCAGGUGGACGAUUGCUCCUUCGACCAAUAUAUAAGCAAGUUGCAGAAAAUCAAAAUGCAGAAAUAUUCUCUGCCAACACACUCCUUGUUAUUCUUGGGACCAGUCUUCUUACAGCCAGGGCAGGGCUUUCAAUGGCAUUGGGAGCAUUUUUGGCUGGUUUACUGCUGGCAGAAACUGAAUUUUCGUUACAGGUUGAAUCUGAUAUUGCUCCAUACCGUGGCCUUCUUUUGGGGUUAUUCUUUAUGACGGUUGGAAUGUCAAUUGAUCCAAAACUUCUUGUUUCAAACUUCCCAGUUAUCACCAGCACACUGGGACUGUUAAUAUGUGGCAAGACUAUCUUGGUUUCUGUCAUUGGUAAAAUCUUUGGGAUUUCUAUCAUUUCUGCCAUAAGAACUGGUCUUCUUCUUGCUCCUGGUGGAGAAUUUGCAUUUGUGGCUUUUGGUGAAGCUGUUAAUCAGGGCAUAAUGUCUUCUGAGAUGUCUUCUUUGCUCUUUCUUGUCGUGGGCCUGUCAAUGGCCAUUACACCUUGGUUGGCUGCAGGAGGCCAGCUGAUUGCUUCCCGUUUUGAGCAGCACGAUGUUCGAAGUUUAUUACCUGUGGAAAGUGAGACAGAUGAUCUGCAAGAUCAUAUCAUCAUUUGUGGGUUUGGGCGAGUUGGUCAGAUCAUUGCCCAACUUCUUUCUGAGAGACUUAUUCCUUUUGUUGCACUAGAUGUGAGAAGUGAUAGAGUGGCAGUUGGACGUGCCCUGGAUCUGCCAGUAUACUUUGGUGAUGCUGGUAGUCGAGAGGUCCUCCAUAAAGUUGGGGCUGAAAGAGCAUGUGCUGCAGCAAUAACUCUAGAUACACCUGGUGCAAAUUAUAGAACCGUUUGGGCUCUGAGCAAGUACUUCCCAAAUGUGAAGACUUUUGUUCGUGCUCAUGAUGUUGAUCAUGGAUUGAAUUUAGAGAAGGCUGGAGCUACUGCUGUUGUUCCAGAGACCUUAGAACCUAGUCUUCAACUAGCAGCUGCUGUCUUGGCUCAGGCCAAGCUUCCCACAUCGGAGAUUGCAGCAACCAUAAAUGAAUUCAGAUCCCGCCAUCUGGCCGAGCUCACGGAGCUGUGCGAAGCAAGUGGAAGUUCUCUUGGUUAUGGAUUCAAUAGAAUUAUGAGCAAACCCAAAUCUCAAUCACCGGAUUCACUUGAUGAUGCUCAAGUGUCUGAAGGGACAUUGGCCGUAUGAGGUUAACUCUAACCCCAUAGAGAGAAAUUAGAAUGCAAAAGCAAACACUUAGGAAAAAGAAAUAAUUGUUAGAAAAAGGUGUAUAGCAAAUCGAUCAUAUGUUCCAACAUUAUGUAUAGAAAUAUAGCCGCGGAUAGAAAAAAGAUGCAAUAGUUUUAUCUUAUUGCCAUCUUUUUUCUUUUACCAAAAAUUUUGGUUCACGAACCUCUAUUUAUUGUUGUAAGUGGCAUCGUCGUCAAGUUUCAUUUCAUUUGCGCUGCUUGCCUAACAUCUGUAAGAUGCCAUUCUUUAUGAAGUGUAUGCCAUUUUUCUAGACAAUAAUGCAACGCAAUAAUUUGUGAUCCA